CAGCCAAUCAGAGAGCUUCCCGCCCUCAAGGACGCUGGUAGGUUGAGCGGUCAUAGAGGGAGGAACGUAUUCAGAGCGGGGGCUAGUUUUUUAAAACAAUAUUCUUUAUUUUAUGAAGUUUCGUGGAUAAGCUUUAGUGAUUAAUAGGGAAUUACGAUCGAUUGAAGGUAAACGAGGAUGCCGGCUGCAAGGUUUCAGAGUGGAGAUACUGUAAUGGGCCGCUGGCCUGGCAGUAACCUUUAUUAUGAGGUCAAGGUGUUGAGUUAUGACAGCAAGACUCGGCUCUACACCGUCAUCUACAAAGAUGGUACUGAGCUGGAGCUGAAGGAGUCUGACAUCACGAGCACGAUCGUAUUUAAGCAGGGUGUUGCACGCUCUCGGUCCAGAUCCCGCUCUCGCUCACCGGGACGCACACGUCGUAGUCGCUCCCGUUCUCCAGCUAGGACGCCCCGUCGAUCUUCCUCUCGCACCACAGAUGUGCGCAAGGAAAAACUCAAAGAAGCACUGGAGGUCCGACUCACACCCAUCCCGAUGACACACGAGAACAAUAGCAACAGCAAACAUGAGAAGAAAGAAGAAAAUAAUACAGCUAAUACAGCUUCCACAGUCACUGAGCAGAAGACAGUGACUGAAUCAGAGAACCAGGCAGGUGGACGCUACAAUCUACGGCGCAGGAAGGACCAGGGCGAUGGCAAGGAAGUAGAGUUGGAGAAAAAGGAAGAGACAGAGGCAGUAUCGCAAACUAAAACACCUGCUGCCAUCAAGACAACUGAUCUGGAGUUUGGUGGAAGAGUUGGUGUGUUCUUCCUGAUGUUUCUGUUGCCUGUGGCUGUGUUGGCUCUGCUCAUUCUCUGUGGGCAGAAGGAUGCCAGUCUCCAGAGCUUCCCUCUUGAGCUUCCUACUCUUCAGUCUCUCUGGGAUUGGCAGGUCUUUGGCAUUGUCCUGCUCUGGCUUCUUUGCCAGGCCGUCCUCUCCCUGCUCCCUGUCGGAAAGCUCGUUGACGGAAUGCCUCUCAAGAAUGGGAAAACUUUGAAAUAUAGGAUUAAUGGUUUCUAUGCACUCCUCCUCACGGCUAUGGCAGUAGGUGUUGCCGUGUACCAGGAGGUGGACCUCAGCUACAUCCAUGCUCACUUCCUGCAGUUCUACACCUCGUCCCUGCUCAUCGUCACUUUUCUCAGCAUCUACCUGUUCGUCCGCUCCCGCUGGGCAUCUCAAGAUGAGCUCGCUCCUGGAGGGAACUCUGGCUACUUCAUUUAUGACUUCUUCAUGGGCAGAGAGUUAAAUCCCCGCAUCAAAAACUUCGAUAUCAAGUUCUUCUGUGAAAUGCGCCCAGGCCUGAUGGGUUGGGUAUUGAUUAACUUUGCGAUGUUGCUUGCUGAAAUGAAGCACCAGAAUCUAGAGAUUCCCUCUCCUGCGAUGCUCCUGGUCAACAUCUUCCAGCUCCUGUGGGUUGUUGAUGGCAUUUGGCAUGAGGAGAAACUUCUGACCAUGAUGGAUAUAGUCUGUGAUGGUUUCGGAUUUAUGCUGACAUUUGGAGAUCUGGCUUUUGUUCCCUUUACAUUCACCUGUCAAGCAUACUAUCUAGUCGCCCAUCCCAACGAACUCUCUGUAUACUGGAUCGUUACCCUCAUCAUUAUGAAUGGAGUUGGAUACUACAUUUUCCGGAAAGCCAACUCUCAGAAGUUUGCCUUCAGGAAAAACCCGUAUGACCCGACAGUGUCUCACCUGAAAACUAUUCCCACUGCAACUGGAAAGAGUCUUAUUGUGUCUGGUCUCUGGGGGUUCGUCCGUCAUCCUAAUUACCUGGGUGAUAUCAUCAUGGGUUUGGCAUGGUCUCUACCGUGUGGAUUCAACCAUUUGAUCCCAUACUUUUACCUGAUCUAUUUGAUCACUCUGCUGGUGCACCGUAAUGCACGAGACGAGCGUCAGUGCAGGAAAAAGUAUGGCUCUGCAUGGGAAGAGUACUGCAAAGCUGUCCCGUACCGCAUUUUCCCUAGGAUUUACUGAGAACUCAAAGACUCAAUCUGUUACGGACACUCGGGGCAAAUCAAACUUUCCUCAGGAUGACAUUAAACAUCAGACAGGGAAUGAAUCGUAGCAGCUUGCUGUCUUUUUUAAAUCUUUGACUUUUUUUGCAAUUGAGCACCAAAUUUAAACCAAAUUUUCUGCCUUGUCACAAAAUGUUUACGGAUUGUGGACACUGCCCCAGUUUUCAGAGUUUGAUCUCUUAAAGAUGUAUAUUGUUGUACAGAUGUGAUUUUUUUUAAUUUUUUUUUUUACUCACAAGAUUGUUUUGCAUAAUCCGUAACUUGCCAUCUCAUCUUCUGUACACAUAUACACAUUCAAAGUAUCUGCUUGGCUAUUUACCGUUGACUUUUUGUAAUGACAGUUUGUGUAAUGCUUUUGUAUAUUGUGUAUGAUGGGAUAUUUCUUUUUAAUAUGUAUAGUAAGAAAAGAUGUAAUGUUCUUUCUCAGGACCAGUAAUUUGUGAAGGAAAAAAAAAAACAACAAAACUAUAUUUUCUUAAUUUCUGUACAUAUUUAAUACAAAAGUUUUAGUUUGCAUUUUAGGCAUUAUGCACUAUGCUAAAAGACUUUCUUUUAUCCAAAGUUCACAAAAUUUGGCUUUGCUACCUCAGAUUUUUCCCGUUAAAAAAGUUUUCAGGCACUAUGUGAAGUGUCCUAGUAUCUUUUUCAAAAUUGUAAUUGUGUGCUGUGAACAAAAACUUUGCGCUUUGAACUUCAAUCUUGUACAAGGUAGCGUAAACUUCUUUACAUUUUUUUAAAGUCUUAAUUUAAAAUGACAUGCUCAACUGUGAAUGUGUAAUGUAAGGCUUUUCUUAACUUAUUACUUUUGCAUAUGUUUUAUGCAAGUAUAUCACUUGUGGGCAUAACAGUUGUCCUAAUGAGAGUUUUAUAUAAGUGUUUAUAGCUAAGAUGAGCUGUUACUUAAUCGCAGUGAACAGAAGCAUUGUACAAUGUUAUUUAUCUGGUUAAAUUUUAGUGUUCGCUUUUGUUAAAUUUUGUUAUCUGACAAGCAAUUUCUGUAUAAAUGCCAUUUUUAAUACCCAUUAUUAAUUAAACCACUCUAGACAAAUAGA